AAGUCACAUGAGCAAAAAAAAAAUCCAAACACCAAAUCGAAGUUUUUAAAUAGGGUCUAUAAUCAGGAAAGAAUCCACCAUUGAAUAAAUAAUCACAAUGUAUGUGUAUAUGGAGGAAAACUCAUCCCAUCCAUGAAGGAGAAGUAUCUGCCUUCAGAUGGUUUGGGGGAUUAUAAUGAACCAGAUGGGCUCCCAGGCUAGCGUGGUUAACCAGAAGAGGCGCUUGGUGCUUGGUGUGGUGAUCCUUCUCCUGGUAGAUGUGAUUUGGGUAGCCUCCUCUGAACUGACAUCAUAUAUUUUUAAACAGGAGGACUACAACAAGCCUUUCUUCAGCACGUUUGCAAAGACGUCCAUGUUUAUCCUGUACCUCCUGGGCUUCCUGGUUUGGAGACCUUGGAAACAGCAGUGUGGUGGUGGCUUCCGUCGACAGCACCCAGCACUUUUCUCAGAUGCUGAAGAAUGCCUUACCCCGUUUAUUGCUGAGAAUGGUUAUAGCAACUCUUUAAGUGAGUCCCUCUAUGUUCCGGUGAAGUUUCAAGAUUUUCCCUUGGACCAUGUCACCAUUGCCAGCUCUGAUUGUGAACUCUCCCAAGUCCCCAAGAAACAACGGGUCCGCUUCAGUAACAUCAUGGAGGUGCGACAGCUUCCCUCGAACCAAGCACUGGAGGCUAAGCUGUCUCGCAUGUCCUACUCUGCCUGCAAAGACCAGGAGUCACUGCUCAGGACUGCAGGCAAGCUGACCGUGGCUGAAGUGGCUAAAAUCAGCUUCUUUGUCUGCUUUGUGUGGUUCCUGGCCAACUUUUCUUAUCAACAAGCACUCUCAGAAACAGAGGUUGCGAUUGUGAACAUUUUGUCCUCUACUUCUGGUCUGUUCACUCUGAUCCUGGCAGCCAUAUUUCCCAGCAGUAGCAGUGACCGAUUCACGCUCUCCAAGCUCUUAGCUGUAGCACUGAGCAUGGGAGGAGUGGCACUUGUCAGCGUCUCAAGCAUGGAUAAUUCAGGUGGAAAAGGCACUAUUGGGUCACUGUGGUCCUUAGCAGGGGCUGCAUUAUAUGCUGUGUACAUUGUCAUGAUCAAAAGGAAGGUUGAUCGAGAAGGAAAAAUGGACAUUCCCAUGUUUUUUGGUUUUCUGGGCCUUUUCAACAUCCUGUUCCUGUGGCCUGGCUUCCUCCUGCUGCACUACACCGGCUUUGAGGCCUUUGAGCUUCCCAGCAACCUGGUGUGCACUUACAUCCUUAUCAACGGCUUGAUCGGCACUGUGCUCUCGGAGUUCCUCUGGCUGUGGGGCUGCUUCCUAACCUCGUCUCUGAUAGGAACUUUAGCCUUGAGUCUCACUAUACCUCUGUCCAUCAUAGCGGAUAUGUGUAUGCAGAAGGUGCAUUUCUCCUGGAUGUUCUUUGUGGGGAGUAUCCCUGUUUUCCUGUCCUUCUUCUGUGCGACUCUCUUAUGCCACUACAAUAACUGGGACCCUGUGACUGUGGGCCUGAGAAGGAUGUUUGCGUUCAUCUGCCGUAAGAAACGCUUUCAAAGAUUGUCUGAAGACAGCGAGCAAACGGAGAGCCUUAUUCCUCUUCACAGCCUCUCUCAAGCGGACUGAAACCAGAGCUCUUGAGCUGCCAAACACUUCUCAGAUAGACUCUUCUGAUGAAUACAGUGAUGUGACAAUCUUUGAUUGGCCAAUCAAAACUCUAAGCACCUUAGUGCCUCAUUUUUUUAUUUUUCUAUUGAAGAGUUUUAUUCAGUACUUCUCUCAGCCUCAUGAGUAAGUUUUGAAAUAUAUUUUUAAAUAGUCUUCUGUUGAACAUAUUGUCAUGGACUUGGCUUUUUUGACUGGAAUGAGAUUAUUGCCGGGGGUACAAACAUCUCCUCUGGACAUGUUUUGUUUUGUUUUGUUUUGUUUUUUGUUUUGUCUUUUUUUUUUUUUUUUUUUUUUUUUUUUUAAAUGACCAUCCUAUCCCCUCUGAGAGAUGAAUGUAUUGAAUUGAAGCUGAUCUUUUUCACCACUUCAACUGACCUUACAGCACUAUCAACAAACUACACUAACAAAAUCAUACUUUCCAUUGUCUGAGAUAUGUGGCUGUUGAAUGAAUGGGUCACUGACACGAUGCUGUCAGUGUUUUUCGGCACAAUAUGAGUAGUGUUGACAUAAGCUUUAUAUAUGAUUUCAAGUACAUUGUACAUUAUGUUGGCUUGACUGAGACUACAAAACGCAAUUAUAUGAUUUCACAGUUUUCAACGGUACGAAAUGGCUGAAAGUGUUAGUGUAAUUGUAAUAAAAUGAUUAGUUAUA